AUGUUGAAACUAGAGGCCGAGAAGGAAAGCGAAAAGGUCACGACGUUUUGUAGGGGCAUGGAUUUGCUUCUUGGUGGUGGGAUGCAGGUGGGUACGGUCACAGAGGUUUGUGGCCCACCAGGAGUUGGGAAGACACAGCUGCUUAUGCAGCUCGCAGUGAAUUGUGUGUUGCCGAAGGAGUUGGGUGGGCUGAAUGGGGCAUGUCUAUUUAUUGAUACGGAGGGAAGCUUUGUGCCGGAGCGUUUUCGUGAAAUUGCUCAUGCCGCUGUAAUGCAAGUGAAAGAAAUUAUUUUGCGACGGGAGGCGGAGGGUUUUGUUGGCAAUAGUGCGGGAAUUGUAGACGAGGACGGCCUGACUGUUUCCUUGUCCCUUGGUAGCGGUAGCCGCAGUGCUUCCAUUUCAGACUCGUCCACAUCACGCAAGCGAACUCGAUCUGGGGCGAUGGGUGCCUCUUUGGCCGCUCUUGCCGCUUUUUUCACAGUGGACCACAUUCUUCAGCAAACACAGUGUCUUCGCGUCGUGGAUGUGAUUUCGCUCAUGGCAUUGCUGAACGUGCUGCCUACAUAUCUUGCCUCCCAUCCAGGAACACGGAUGGUCGUCAUUGACUCCAUCGCGUUUCCCUUCCGCUCCUUUUCUCAACUUGGUGCGCAUCAGCUUGGAAGUGAAGCUCUAGAGGGUGGAACAUCUGCCACCGCUAUGGACACCCAAACAGCACAUGUGGCACCGUUCACGUUUGCUUUUUAG